AUGCUCAGUAGUCCAGACAUAGAACCUCUACUGCUGGCCUUACACCAAUGGGGCUUCUUCUCUUACUAUGGGUACUGGGGCAUUCCUAACUUAACAAUCUGGACAUGGAGCACAGGAAGUGCGUUGGUAGAUCUAGGGCUAAACGUGAAACAUGCUAUGGGCGCUAUUACGUUGGCAAACCUACUCAUAUCUAUGUACAUUUGCUUGAAUUCAGUGGCUGGAACUCGCUAUCGAAUAGGAUUUUCUGUCUCACAGCGAAUGGUUUUUGGAAUCUACGGGUCGAUAUUCUCCAUAAUAGUCCGGUUCAUGUUAUCUUUGAUUCUCUACGGUGCACAAUCAUGGCUAGGAGGUAUUCUGUUGGUGGUUGCGUUGUCUGGAUUCAGCAGGCUGUUUCUAAAUAUGAAAAACACCUUCAGCUUGGGUCUCAAUAUGACCACAAGGGAUUUUUGUGGAUUUUUGGUGUUUAAUAUCGUGCAGAUGGCCUUUUUGCUUUCCAAACCACACAAAAUUGAUAGAUUACUUGUCUAUUCAUGUGGGGCAACAUUCGUGGCUUUUAUCACGAUUUUGGGAUUGUGUAUUUCGAACAACCAUGGUCUUGGGCCAUUAUAUCACCAACGUGUCAACAUGCCAUCUGAAAGAACAUUUUGGGCGUGGCUAUAUGCGAUUGCCACUUGGUACGGUGCUCUUUCGCCUGAUAUAAUGAACCUGAACGAUUUUUCCCGUUAUGCCCGGUCUCCAGAACGUAUGAAUUGGGGCACAGUGGCCGCAAUAAUGACGACCGGAAGUUUUGUCCCCGUGGCUGGAUUACUCUGUGCUUCUGCUACUGAGGGAACGUACGGUACUCCGCUAUGGUUGCCUACAGACAUUAUUCUACGAUGGCUUCAGGAGACCUACAGCACCAAAAACAGAGCCAUCGCUGUCAUUUUUGGACUCAUCUUUUGCUCAUCACAAUUAUCGUUCAAUAUAGUCGCUAAUGGAUUUGCAGGAGGCAUGAGUAUAGCUGGGAUAAUUCCAAAGUAUGCCACAAUAAGGAAAGGGGCAUUUAUUACCGCAUUAGUUUCAUGGGCAGCUCAGCCGUGGAACUUUUACAAUAGCUCGUCCGUUUUCGUAAAGCUGAUGAGUUCUAUCGGUGUGAUCACAACGCCAGUCAUCGCAUUGUCGAUAGCAGAUUUCAUGGUCAUUCGGAGGUCAGUUAUACGAGUUCAGCACUUGUACUCUUCGUCUCCAGAAGACUCGUUUUAUUUCUGGAAGGGUUUCAACUUGCGGUCAAUUGCAGUAUGGCUUGGGGGUGUGGCUAUCGGAUUACCUGGAAUGAUCUUCAACUUUUCAUCGCACGUAAAACCUGACGUCGCAUUGAAAUUAUUCUUCGGACAUGCACUUUUCUCUUUCGUUGGAACUUUUAUAGCUUAUCUUGCUGUCUGCUACGUGUUCCCUCCGGUCGAGCAAUGGGAAAACACCUUCCUGAGAUUUGUUCGGGAUGUGUUUAGCCAGGUUUCGAAACAGAAAGCAGUUGCGACGAACACAGACGAAUGGUCAAAUGAGGCACGAGAGAUUCGAUAUGAAGCGGAGAGUGAAUCAUCACUGAGGAAACGAACUUAA